AUGGACAGGGUCUCCCUGGUCGAGUCUGCCCAGACUCGCUUACGUUUGAGAAGCUAUGGCUUGGAGCUUCCUCACAGUCGUUGUACGGCAAGCCGGAAAGAGGUAGCCUUCAUGAAUCUGGCUUUGGUGACUGGCGCGGCUGGCCGUGACGUGAUCAAGGACUACACCACAAUGUUGUGUGAGCCGGAGCAACAUGAGUCCUGGCACCCUGAGCUUGGCAUCAGAAAGGAGAAUUCUGUCGAGAAGGUGUUCAUGGGAGCGUGCGACGCCUGGCGUCGCCUUGUGCUACCGUUCGAGGGCAUGGGCUACAAGUUGCUGGAGGUCGUAACGUUGGCGGGCGAGGCAGCGUUGGAUUUCGUGAGUUCCUUGAAAGACCGGCACAAGCACUGCCAGGAUUGCAGUGAUGUGAUGUUUGCGAAGGUCUUCAUGGACUGGCUACUAGCACCGGGAAUUGAGUUGCCAGCCCGCCUGAGGAGACUGGAACGGGUGCAGGAGGUGUUUCUUGAUCUUCUGCUGGUACUACCAGCCUCCUCUGUCGAGGUGGAGCGCUCUCACGCCAAUGCACAGGUGGACAUCAACGCAACCAAGAAAGCACCGCCGCGUGCCAUGGCUGUUCAAGCCAACACUUACCUUGCUUCCGUCUUCCUGUCGCACCAACAAGUUCGGGAGGCGGUUGAGAAAGAAAGUUUUGUCGUUGCCAGGACGCGGAUCAGACGUGCGCUGAAGGCGCGAGUUGUUGAGUCAGGCUUGCUAGCGUCAGCCGGACGGACGUCGAAGUUGGAUGACAAUGGCUGCGUCAAGGGAAGAAAUGGGCUGCUGAAGGGGAUGCUGUCUGUGCGGGCUGGCAAAGUUCGGAAAGAUUCUGGGAGGACUCGCAGGAUCUCAGCCUUCAACGCCUUUCAGAAGUUGCACGUGACUCGCAAUCUAACUUGUAAAGUUGGGUCUCUGGAGCAUCGACGGUUAAACAAGAACGUGAGUCAGGAAUGGGCAGCCCUGUCCCGGGAGCAGAAGCGCAUGUAUCAGUUGGAAGCUGAUAAAAUGCAGAAGGAGAGAGAAGAUUUGCAGCGAGUUGGGCUUCGGGGGAGCAAGAGCUCUGUUGAAGAAGCCAGCCAAUGUUCGCAAAACCUAAGCGCUACCCAAGUGCGACGCCUCAACACUAAUCGCCUUGACAAAACACUGCAGUCGGUUGCGUCGCAUUCCUGCUGGGAUCAAGGUCUGGCAUUGUGGGACCAUAACGCAGGCCUACGUGGUUCACUCGUGAAGGUCCUUGGCACCGUUCGAGAAAUGGAUGCGGCAACCAGGUACUUUCAGCAGGCCUUUGCUUACGAUGCGGACAUCAUUCCUAAUCCGCAGCCAUCGCCAGUGUUUCUGAGGCCUUGCUGUGUGAAGCACGCGGGGACGUGCGCCUGUGACUCGAGCUUUGACACCUUCUCAGAGCUGACCUCGCAGUUCAAUGCUGGCCUGCAGCGUCAGAAGCUAGGCGGAGCUGCUUUGCUCGUGCAUUGGCAGCCAGUUCACGGUGUUGAAGAUGGACAUUGGUUUUUGCUUGCUGGGGUAUGCCUGCGGCCCUUGUGUCACUCUAUGGUCAGCUUGUACCAGCAAGGCAUCAAAUUGCGGCUGGUUCUGGACUCUGGCAGCAUGCGCAUUGGCAGUGCGCAGCAGAGGCUACGUGGCUUAAUCCAGGAGUUCAAGGCGUCCGGGGCAGACGUGGCACACUACAGGGUGCAGGCUCAGCUGUGCGGUGUCUUAGUAUGA